AUGACUUUGUUAGAAAACACUCAAGCAUUUGAGAAGAGAUUAUUUGAAUGGGAAGGACAUCUAAUUCAAUUAGAAGAAGAUUUAAAUGCCCUUGGAUCAAAAUUUGAAGCUCAGUCGAAUUAUUAUUCGGCUGCUGAAAGCAAUCUUGAUCAAAUAGAAAUGAAUUUGCAAAAAUUCGAAUCUCUUGUCACUAUCUUCGAAGAAAAGUCUGGUAGUAAUGAAUCAGAAGCAUUUAAUCAAAAUAUCCAAGGUGCAAAAGGAUUAUCACGCCAAAUUGAGGAUUACGAAACAGAGCUUAAGAUUGCUCAAUCUAAACUAUAUCAUGACCCUCCAGAAAAUAUGACAAACAAAGAAUUAACAGAACAUCUCGCUUCUCUUUUCUCAUUAUACAAUCAAUUAGCCCAAAAAAUGAAAAGAUAUCGCUAUUAUUAUUAA